ACCAUCUUCACUUUUAUCUCUAUUUCUCUUUUGCGAACAAACCCGACUUAUUGCCUCUGGCCCCUUUCCACUCAUUAUUCUUUCCAACGUUCUUAUCACUUUCCCCAGCCAAUUUUAACAUGAGAAUCGUUGUCCUUACCACAUUAUAUAUGGGAAUUUAUUGUACAUUAGUAUCGGUGGCACAGGCUGCUAGCGCACUUGGAACGCGCGGUAUCGCAACAGUCAUGCAAAUCGAAGAUGAUUCGACCAGUUCUGGACUGGAGAAGCGUGGUGGACGUGGUACAUGGUAUUCAGGAAGCGAUCUUCGAAACGCUGCUUGCUAUGAUCGCAAAGGUCUUGCGCCUUACCAUGCAUCGACUCAUAGUAUGAUUGGUGCCAUGGCAAUGAACGAUUUCGAGCAAUGCUAUAAGUGCGUCAAAAUCACCAAUAACCGGAUUCCCGCUCUUUCAGUGAUUGUGAAAAUUGUCGAUAAAUGCGCAGCCUGCAAAGUCGGCAAAGCCAUUGACUUGACUCCUGCUGCCUUUCAAAAGAUUGCUCCAGCAGGAAACCUAGGCAUCGGUGUACUGGAUAUUACGUGGAAACCUGUUCAUUGUCCACGAUCACGCUUUCUACCUGGAAAUCCUAAGGGUUUGGGAUUAUUUUAGCUAGCUUGUGUACCGAUUGCCAUAGCAUCAUCAUACACCUACAAUGCUAUUCAUUCAUACGAUCUCUCCCUAUUUUUCGAUUCAUUGUUCCGACCAUUGGUCUACUCUCACUUUGUCAUAUGACUCGCUUGUCUAAGUAUCAAAAUAAAAAACCGCCAAUCGUGUAUAACAUCUCAAUGACAAUAUUAUCGUCCAGAUGAAUAGGGUUUUUCGGUCGACCAUAUUUGGUAAACUGUCCUUAAGACGAACCAAAACAGCGUAG